AUGAGCCAACCACACCGAGUGAUCGUCAUAGGAGCAGGUAAGGGGAACGGAAUCGACUAUGUCGUUGUUGACAAGGAGAGCGCCCCUCGUGACCGCAACUGGGGAGUGACCAUCGCAUGGAGCCAUCCUCUCCUGGCUCAGCUUCUCCCCAAAGAACUCUUCAGUCGACUCCCAGAGUGUCAACCUGAUCCCAAUCUGGACUCGAAGGCGGCCAGGUUCGAGAGUGUCAUCAUUCGAGAUGGUCAGUCUGGUGCCACUUUAGUCCAGCCGCCCUUCCCUGGAGUUAGAAGACUCAAUAUCCAGAAGACGAGAACAUUGUGGUCCAAAGAUGUCAAUGUCAAGUUCGGGAAAACCCUCUCAGACAUUGAACAGACCACCGACGGAGUGGUGGCACACUUUCACGACGGUACUUCGGAGAAAGGAACGGUUCUUGUCGGUGCUGAUGGAGGCAGCUCUUUCGUCCGACGUUGGAUCUUAGGAGACGAAGCUGCCUCCAUAGUGCUUCCCUACAUCUUCCUCAAUUUCCCCGUCAGGUACACGGCGGAGCAAGCACUGAAGAUGGACAAGAUGAUGCACCCCAUCGUUGACGUCGGAGUGCAUCCAAAAUCCAUGUAUGUGGGUAUCUUCUUGCUCGACAAGCCCGUGCUCGAUCAGCCGGAGACGUGGAUCUUUUACCUUCUCGCAACCUGGCCGAAGAACAAGCAAACGGAACCUUCUGACAAUCAGAACAUGGUCGACGAACUUCGUCAAAGAAUGGACGGAUGGGCUGAUCCUUAUAAGUCAGCAGUAGAAUGGAUUCCUGAACAUGUCCAAGCCAAAGUUGUACCGUUGAAGAUCUGGGGACCUAAGACAGACUGGAGCAACCAAAGUGGACGAGUCACGCUGGCAGGGGACGCUGCACACAGCAUGACAUUUCAUCGAGGUCAAGGAGCCAACAAUGCCAUCUGCGACAGUGAAAGAUUUGUGGCUGCAAUGGUGAAGGUCCAAUCUAGUGAAGCGACUUUGGCAGAAGCCAUGGCAGAGUAUGAUCGAGAUGUUAUCACUCGAGGAAGACAAGAGGUGGAAGUGUCCAGGACCCAGACCGAGGCCUUCCAUGACUACGCCAACUUCCUGAACAGUCCCGUGGUGAAGUAUGGGAUCAAGCCGAUAAGCGACGUGACCAACCAGAAGUCUUGA